UACCAUUUGACACCAUGGCCUUUUCACUGCAUGCCAUUCGUACUGCAGGACAUGUUUUUCAUGACAUGGACGACAUUUCCGAUCGCGAAGACAUCAUGGACUACCUCAGACACACAUUAUCCAGUUGGCCGGAAGAUAGACCCGCCCAAGAUCAUCAUCAAUGCGUCAUUUGGGUGUUGACGUAGGUACCUAAAUAGGCGGAAACGGUGGGCAGAGGCCUCAAAAGCUUCCUGACUUCAUGGCUGGUGAGUAAAGUUAUUCAUGCCUGUACAUAACAUGGACAGAGAGGUCUUUAUGGUGUAUGAGAGACCUCGAACAUUUCUCAAUGCCACCCCGACUACCCAUUCCUUUGGUCAGGUGUACAACAGCCCUCGCUCCAAUAUCAAGACCGACUAUUUACUCCUCUGCCUAUAGGUCGCAAAGACCAUUGAUAUCUUGCAUCACGGCUUCAUCGCGCCUUACUGUUCUCACUCGACAGUUCUCAGUGACCUCCAAUAUGAAAAUCAACGACCACAACCAGGCCUUCCGACUCGACAAGCUGUUCGAUGUCCAAGGUAAAGUCGCUUUGAUCACGGGCGGAGGUAGUGGCAUCGGCCUCAUGGCGACUCAAGCCUUGGCCACAAAUGGUGCCAAGGUCUACAUUGUUGGACGUACUGAGGAGAAACUCGAAAAGGUGGCUGAAACCUUUGGCAAGGACAUCCCCGGCCAAAUCAUCCCCGUUGCAGCCGAUGUCUCCAAAAAGGAAGAGAUCAAGAAACUCGUCGACACCAUUAGUUCCAAGGAAAAGUGCCUAUGUAUCCUGAUCAACAAUGCUGGCAUCGCAUUAAAUACACAACAGACCGAGGCCAAGUCAGCCGAAGAAAUGUCCAAGAAUCUCUUCGAUGACGAGAGCGAGACCUUUGAAAUGUGGACCGACACAUAUCGCACCAACGUGCCACAGCUCUUCUUCAUGACUACGGCCUUCCUGCCACUGCUACAAGCCGCCCACACUCAUAACGACAAUUUCUCCGGUACCGUCAUCAACAUCACCUCCAUUUCUGGCAUUGUCAAGACAGCUCAGCACCACUUUGCGUAUAACGCAUCCAAAGCUGCCGCCAUCCAUCUCACUACCAUGCUAUCAAACGAGGUCGCAAGCAAUGACAUCCGUGUCCGUAUCAACAGCAUUGCGCCAGGAGUUUUCCCCAGCGAGAUGACUACCGGCGGCGAAAGUGACGAUAAACAAAAAUCUCACAUUCCACGAGAAAAAUACGCGGAUAAAGUGCCUGCGAGUCGUCCAGGUUCGGACAAGGACAUGGCCAACGCCAUCCUGUUUGCUGCCACCAAUCAGUAUCUCAAUGGGCAGAAUAUUCCCGUCGACGGUGGUUAUAUCAUUCGUGCGGGAGCUGGAGCUUAGACGAUAAUAGAUCAAAGGGAAGAGGCAAGUACUACUUCUUGGUCAUCAGGGCUGAAAUGGAAGGGGGUUACUUUUGAGAUUAGAUUGAUUUGUUCGUGUGAACGAUCUUUAUUCUCGGUAAUGACUAUUUUCCCAUGACUACAGUUUAACCAUAACAGAUAGUCAAUCAUUCCAGCUACUGC